AUGUACCCAAACACGUACUUCGGCCUCACUUCCAACCAGUAUGACCGCCAUUUCGACAAGGUUGCUAAGCAUGAGCCGCGCAGCUACGAUGUUGGUGACUGUAAUACUGCUCACGGCUAUGUAAGGGUCUACGGACAGUGCCAGAAAGUGCCAAUGUUUGGAAAUCCGUGUCACACGGACGACGACUGUGAACGACCAAAUCACUUACGUGGAGCUGAGAGUAACAGACCUGUAUGCGACCGAGCAAAGAAAGCGUGUCACAUCGGAAGUGACCUCGGAGGUUUCUGCCUGAGUAACAGUGAAUGCAUGCUGGGUGCACUCGUUAGCGAUGUCACUGUUUGUAUUGGUAACGAUGAGACUGUUGGUAGAGGAUACCCUAGAAUCUGCAACCUUUACACGCACUCUUGUGUUUGCAACUCGUAUGUCACCGACCAGGAGUGCAAAGAUGCAGCGCCACUCACCGUGGAAUGCGUCGAAUAUAUAGAGCCGGCGGGUUGCAUAAUAUCCAGAGAAUUCGGACGAAGGGUGACCGCCGUGGAAGAUGAUAUAAACAGCACAGGUACAAUGAAAUGA